UUAGUCGGCCAACCAUUCUCCACUGAAAGUGUCUCAUGUGUGGGCAGCCUUAAGUAUCAACCAACAACUUCCAAUCACUUACAUUAAGUAGUAACUGAUAUUUGUGUGGUAAUUCCGCUGGCAUGGAGAACCCGUGACCGGAUUGCUACAAAUUCAUCCUGGCCUUGUAUACAGGACUAGGAUGUGACGAAGAAUGGGAGAGGUGGCGUUUGAGCUGUACUGGAAACACGCACCCAAUACCUGUCGUAAUUUUGCCGAAUUGGCUCGACGUGGCUAUUACAACGGGUGCAAAUUUCAUCGGAUAAUCAGAGAUUUUAUGAUUCAAGGUGGUGAUCCCACUGGAACUGGUCGAGGUGGUGCUUCCAUCUAUGGGAAACAUUUCAAUGAUGAGCUUCACGAGGAACUAAAGCACACUGGAGCUGGUAUACUUUCUAUGGCCAAUGCUGGUCCCAACACUAAUGGUUCCCAGUUUUUUAUUACUUUGGCCCCAACUCAGUGGUUGGAUGGAAAGCACACAAUAUUUGGACGAGUAGCAUCAGGCAUGCAAGUUGUUAAAAGGAUGGGACUUUGUGAAACUGAUAACAGUGACAGACCAAUCGACCCUGUGAAGAUCAAGAGAGCUUUCAUAAAAAUGCAUUAAAAAAAUUUCUUCUCUAUUCUGAAUGUCAGUUUUUUAAUAAAACAUGCUAAUUGUCAA